AUGGAUGGAGAGCAUAUCGAUGGAUUAUGCAUAUAUACUGCUCCAGAUGACCUCGCCGCAUCCUACAUCACAACACGGAGCCCCAUACUGACCGAUGUCAAAUCUCCUUGUACCUUGGUCCGUGCAAGACAGCUCAUCAACCAGUGUAUUGACAAGCACGAGCUCUGCAAAGCUGCGACUUCUCUAAGCCCUCGACUUCCCACGCGGCUUGUGGACUGCACCGACCUCGCUCAUCCACGGCUAGUCUCGACACCUGGCCGCCAACACGGCGAGUACCUUGCGCUUAGCUACGUGUGGGGACAGGACCCGGAGCAGACCCGCUACCGGGCAACAACACUUAACCUUUCCACCUAUGGACAAGAAAUCAACCCCCGUCUUCUCCCCCCGACCAUCCGCGAUGCGAUCUAUGUCACACACCAACUCGGCUUCCGAUGGCUCUGGGUCGAUAGCCUCUGCAUCAUUCAAGACUCCGAUGAGGACAAGGCUCACGAAAUCGGUCGCAUGCACCACAUCUACCGCUACGCACAUGUGACGAUCAUGGCGGCCAGCGCGGAGGGAGUCGGAUCGGGCUUUCUCCAGAAGCGAGCUCCUCCAGACGACUUUGUUCUCGGGCUCCCCUUCAUCUGCCCUCCCUACCCUCAGAACACAUCACAGAAGUUGCAGGUCGGUCAAGUGUAUCUCACCCGUGGGUCUGACGUCGACACAUCGCAUGGCGACGAGCUCGGGUUCAUGGCGAGGCGUGCCUGGUGCAUGCAGGAGUAUCUACUGUCCCCACGUGCCCUCAUCUUCGCCCCCAGCACGCUCCUGUUCAGGUGUCUGACCGCUGAUGCGGCCGGUGUUGGAAGCUCAGGCUACUCGAUAGAGCACGAUCUUCGGAUACCCACCUCGCUCUUCCUUCCACGAACGGCACCUGCAGCAGAGCCCAAUUCCAAGGAGUGGGAGGAGAUGUGCGAGGCCUGGAUGAAUGUUGUCUGGGACUACACGCGCCGCACAGCGAGCGAGGAGUCAGACAAGCUGGUGGCGUGCGCUGCGGUCGCGGAGCAAUUCCACUUCGUCCUGGGCUCCGAGUACCUCGCGGGGCUAUGGCGCUCGGACACACUCCUCAUCCGCCUGCUAUGGAAGGCCGACAAGUCCACGGCCGCAUCACUUGGGUGCCGACAUACUCGCCCUACAGCCUACCGCGCGCCGUCAUGGUCAUGGGCAGCCAUCGAUGGACCAGCCUUUUACGAUUCUAUCUACCCCCUUACGAGCCUGGGAUACCGACAACACGUUGCGCUCGCGGAGGUCGCUGGGUGCUGGGUCACAGUCAAAGAUCCCGCACUUCCCUUUGGUCGAGUGACGGACGGGGCCCUCGGCCUGCGCGGAACACUGGUACUCUGCCAUGGUAGAGCCGCUGAAAAAUCACAUUACUCGGAUUGGUGGACCAUCCGAGUCCGAGCCCUGCCGACUUUCGAGCAAGUACGGCGCCAGUGGCAGCGUGGACUUCGGGGCUUGAUCUCGGAUGAAGCAGACGGCAUGUACUCGACAAACCCAGGGGGCUACGCAUCAGUCAUCAUGGACGACGAUGUCGACGAACUGCCGGAGAAGAUGUGGCUCGUGCCGUUUCUGCGGACCAAGUCGACUUCCAAUAACGACGUGCAGGGGAUCGCGCUCCAGCUCGCUCCUCCGUCGAACGGCUCAGGGUCUGCACCCGAGAAGAUUCGCUUUCGGAGGAUUGGUUACUUCGUGAACUUCGUCAAAGGUGCAAGACCCGGCAAGGCCUAUAUGGAGCAUCCACUGUGGGAUCCGCUAACUCGGGCGGUGAAGAUGGGAGAGCCCCCAUGGGUGGACAUUGAGAUCAUAUGA